CUCUCCCUCCCACUGUCAAGUCUCCACCUCAUUUCCUUCACCAGUCACACACAGACUUUCACUCAUCUGGCUUCAUGUUGCUGUGAUUUCUGCUUCUAUAAAGCUCCGUGUGACUCGUGUUGGUCAUGGAGGAGGCACUGCCGAUUGAUUUGACCUACAUCACAGAACGGAUCAUCACUGUAGUGUGUCCCAGGGAGUGCUCAGACGACUCCUACCUGCACAACCUCAGUCAGAUUACACAUAUGCUGCAUUCAAAACAUGGGCACAACUACAUGUUCAUUAAUCUCUCAAACAGGAAUGAUCCGUUCAGCAGAUCACCCCAAAAGGUUGUGGACACAGGCUGGACAGACCAACUGGCUCCAAACCUCGACCAGAUCAUCAACGUGUGCACAGCCAUGGAGAACUGGCUGCACAGGCAUCACAAGCAUGUGCUGGUGCUCCACUGUCGGGGAGGGAAAGGCUUGAUUGGAGUUUUGCUGGCUUCCUACAUCCAUUUCAGCAACUUGUCUUCCAGUGCAGACCUUUCGUUGGACCAUUUUGCCAUGAGAAGAUUCUUUCACGACAAACUUGCCCCUCUGAUGACCCCCUCCCAGAAAAGGUAUGUGUGGAUGCUCGGGAGCAUGCUCAAGGGGGGGCUAAGGAUGUGUCCCAAUCCGUCCUUCCUCCUGUGUGUGGUUCUGCACAGUCUGCCCAAAAUAAGGCCAGAUGGAGGAUGCAGUCUUUUUCUGCGUGUUUAUCAAAGCCUGCAGGCGGUGUGCACGUCUGCUGUCUUUCACGUGAAUGCGGCUCAGACAGACCGGCUUUACUUCGUGCUCCAGCCUGCCCAGCUGCUCAAGGGAGAUAUUAUGGUCGUUUGCUAUGACAAAAACUGGCGUCUAUCGACCCGUCAGGUUGUGUUUCGGCUGCAGUUCCACACGGGCCUGGUGCACGGACCGUCUCUCACGUUCUUUAAAGCCGACUUGGACUGUGCCAGUGAAGAUCCCUGUUUCCCAGAAAAUGGAAAAGUGGAGUUGUUCUUUUCAGACAGCCCUGAGAAGAUAGCAGGCAGAGAGCUGUGGCACAACGGGCGCUCGGUGACAGUGGACUACGACACUCUGGAUCCUGUGGUCAGACGCGACUCCUACCAAGACACAGGCUCCUCAUCGAAUGGCGGGCUAUAUGCGAAAGUGAGGAAGACCAGCUCUAAAGAAUCCUCUUCAUUCACCCUGUCUCCCAGUCCUCUCAGCUGUACAGAGCGCUUCCCUUCCGGUAGCAGUGACUCCGGCCUGUCAGUGGCCUCCCACGGCCCAACCAGGACUUCUCAGUGUAGAUCAUAUAAACUUGGAAAAUUUGGAUCGUGUUUUCCGGAUUUGGAGCUGGCCCAAUCGUCUUUACGGGCCAUGACUGAACUGACGUUGUCCAGUGGGGGAGAGGGGGAGAUCGGUGACGAGUCUGGUUUGGGACACACUGUAAAUGGUGAAACUUCAUCCACCGAGCGAGAGACGGACAUUUUGGAUGACGAGGAUGAACGGCAAUCCGCUUUGGAGAGGCCUAGCUCUAGUAGCAUGUGCUCGCUGUCUUCUGAGGAGAGGCCAGUCCAAAGUGAAGAAGAAUCAGCUCAAUCCUGGGUCCACCAACAGCAGCAGCGGAUAGUUAGCGCUGCGGUUACAAGGGACAUAGCUGGAGAUCACAAUGUUACUGAGAGAAAGGAUGACAAAGCUUGUUUCAUAGCUCCGGAUGCACCCGUUAGGGGGUCCAGCAGCAGGGAGGCAGUUCAGAGGGGCUUACAAGAUGAUGGAGCAGACAACACACAGCCCUCGUGCCAAGAUGAAGAGUUAGCAUCUUUAGCCACAGAUAUCGACGAGUCAAUAGAACAGUUGAACCAGCUUAUCUUGGACUUGGACCCCACUUUUGUUCCUGUCCCAACAAAGUGUUCCCCCCUGUCCCGGUCAGCUUCACUCCACAGCAACGGCCUGAGCCACAAAGGACUGAAACAUCUCACAGGGUGGACGCAGCAGAAGCAGUUCAGUGAUGUGACAGACUACUGCGGGAACCAUAGUCCUGAGUGGAGGAUCCAAACGAGCUCCCCGUCUUCGCUCUGCAGUCCCUCGUACACAACACAGCAUGGGAAUCUCUACAAAACCAACAGUGUGGACUACGCUGGACAAACACUCCCCAAUGACCUGGUCCCACCAACCCCGGCCUUCCCCGUGUCCCCUACAACGCCCUAUGUGAAACAGUUCUCUGAGUUUUCCCAGAUUCGGAGUGGUGGGCAGUGGGACCAGCACAUCUGGACACAAGAUUCCCGGAGUUUCCUGGACAGUAUGAACCAUGGCAGCGGAGCCAUAGACGGAGACGUGCCCUCUGCUUCCUGUCAGAGGAUCUUUGGUUCUAUGUACUCAGUGUCGUCCAACAGUCCCCUCCCCCACACAGACAGUUCCACAUCUCCUCCAGUCUGGCAGGACCGAAGCCCAAACUCCUUAAACUCUCCACGUCCCUCACAGUCAUCUCCCCCUCUGUCCCUCAACUCCCCCAAAGCUCACAGCUCUCCCCGGGGGGCUCUGAAGUUUCUGGGGGGCAGACAGACAGACAGCACUGACCUCUCCUCUCUGUUGGGGAAUGGCAGCCUGGAGCACAGCUUGCUAGAGGCCAUGGAGGGCUUGGAGGGGCUGGGUUUGAUUGGGGAUGCAGGAUUGCCCCCCCUGUUGCCUGAGAAGAGGAGGGCGGGCGAGGUGAGCGACUUGGGAUCACGCUCUCCCUCUUUAAGCGGGUUCUCCAGCCCUCACAGCGGCAGCAGCCUCAGCCUCCCCUUCUCCUCCUCCAUGAGUCCAGACCCGCUCCGAGGUCUGGGAGGGGCCCCGUCACCAGGACCAGAAUUCGGCAGUAAGCAAGACACUGUGAAGUUUGUUCAGGACACAUCCAAGUUCUGGUACAAGCCUGACAUUUCACGAGACCAAGCUAUCGCCCUGCUAAAGGACAAAGAGCCAGGUUCUUUCAUUGUCAGAGACAGUCAUUCAUUCCGUGGGGCAUAUGGGCUGGCGAUGAAGGUGGCCACGCCCCCUCCUUCAGUGGUGCAGCAGAGUAAAAAGGCUGGAGACCUGUCCAAUGAGCUGGUCAGACACUUCCUGAUCGAGUGCACACAAAAAGGAGUCCGUCUCAAAGGCUGUCCAAAUGAGCCCUACUUUGGAAGCCUCACAGCUCUUGUGUGCCAGCAUUCCAUCACCCCUCUGGCUCUGCCCUGCAAACUCAUCCUGCCCGACAGAGACCCAAUGGAGGAGCUGAAUGACUCAAGUCCACAAACAGCAACAAAUUCAGCAGCAGAACUUUUAAAACAAGGAGCAGCAUGUAACGUGUGGUACCUGGGCUCCGUGGAGUUGGAGUCUCUGACUGGUCUGCAGGCAGUUCAAAAGGCCACCACAGUGACACUGGCCAAGGACCCCCCUCCUCCCUCCACUGUGGUCCACUUCAAAGUGUCAGCGCAGGGCAUCACGCUCACGGACAACCAGAGGAAGCUGUUCUUCAGGAGACAUUAUGCCGUUAACACCGUCAUCUUCUGUUCUCUGGAUCCACAGGGCAGAAAAUGGAAACGAAACAGCGGGUCCACAGCUAAGAUCUUUGGGUUUGUAGCGAGAAAGUCCCAGAGCGAGACAGAAAACAUGUGCCACCUGUUUGCAGAGCACGACCCCGAGCAGCCGGCGAGCGCCAUUGUCAACUUUGUGUCUAAGGUCAUGAUUGGGUCACACAAGAAGUGAAGCUCCAGAACCAGGACCUGCCCCUGAAUGAUGCAAAAAGAACCGUGGCAUGCACACUCCAGCACUUGUUCUUCUGUUCAUCCUGCAAAAUCACGCUUUCUACUGACUGCACUGCAGGAUUCUGCCACUAGAUGGAGCUAAGACUGUCAUAAUAAAGUCCUGCACACAGAUGUGGAUUUCAAAAGAGAAGAUUGUAUAUUUGAAGAGUUAUGAUAUGAAUGCACGUAAGCUACUUACAUUAUGUAUUAUUUGUCACAUAAUAUUCCAUUUCCCUUUUUAAUUUGAACAUAUUCUGAACAUAUUGGAGAAUGAAAAUGUAAAUCCAAAGAUUUUACUGGUGAAACUUUUUUUUUUUUUAAUCUUUGAACAGAAUGGAUUUGAAAUGUUUCCACAGGACAAAGGGUGGACGUCUUGUAUAUGAAAUAUGUUUUGUGAUGUAUUUAUCUGUUUUACAGAGGUGUAAGUCUUCCCUAUAUUACCCUAUUAUAUAUAUUUUUGUAUAUUAACUUGUGUACAUUAUUAAUAAAGUCACUAUACUUAA